CUUUUGUCACUCCCUACGCGGAUAGCACGUAGUACGGUCCCUUGUAGUUAGCUCGUACCUCCAAACGCUUCGUUCUAUCAAUUUUUUUAAUAUGUCACUGGACGAAAGAUUUAACAAGGCAGCUACAACUGUGAAGGAAUUGGCUGCACAACCAUCAGACGAGGACUUGCUUGAACUGUACGCUUUGUACAAACAAGCCACUGUUGGCGACUGCAACACAGAACGACCGGGAAUGCUCGACUUCAAAGGCAAAGCGAAAUGGGACGCUUGGAACGGUAAAAAAGGAAUGUCACAAGAUACCGCGAAAGAGCAAUAUAUCGCUAAAGCAGAGGCAUUAAUUGCCUCAAUUGGAACGAAGUAGUUCGUUCAUUAUUACGCUUAUAUGUGCACUUUUAAGUAAUUUAAGUGUGUAAUAUCUCUUUCAGUUAUUUAGAAAUUUCUUAGUACAACGCUUGGAUUCUAAAAAAAAAAAACAUGCUCAAACGUCAUGGUCUUAUUACUGUAGAUAUGUACAAGCUACGUUUUGUAUAAUUUUGUCAUUUGUUUACAAACUUCUUGUAUUCACACUUGCGCUCGCGCGCGUUUAAUACUGUUCACAUAAAAUUGCUUCUCGCAUUAAU